AUGCCUUCGCAAACCUCUCCGGUUUCGAGAUCUAAUCAAGAUGAAGACAAUGUCACUCAGCCACUUUCUAAAAUUAUGUGUAAUUGUGAACUCUGUUAUGCUCGACUUAGCUCUUCUACUAGGCAAGCUACCGAAGAAGAUACCAUUAACUACCCAGAUCUGUUCGAUCCCUUUCAUUAUUCAUCUAACCUAAUGCCGAACUAUCUCCAGUUUGAUUAUAUCAUACCAUUUACUCCUGCUUAUGGAGAUACCGAUGUAGUUUUUCCUAAAAAUCUGAAAGAAAGCUCUACCCCUGAAGUGCUUCAAAUUGAAGAUGACGCCAUAGCAACUGCCGGUCCCCACCUCUAUCUAUCGAAAGAAUCCAUUAUUCAUUUAAAGCUGUCAACCUACGUGGUUCUAGAGAGAUCAGAGAAUGCUGUGCGUCUAAUAAAUUAUCGUAAUAACUCAGCCUUAGCACUAAGUGAGAAUGGAAAAUAUGGGUUUAUUUACCACUUCAACUGUCGUGGCUUAAUAAACAUCCACCACGAGAAAUUGGCAAUAACUUUUAACAAAGACAGACAAAUACUACUAAGAUCAACAAAACCAAGUUUUGUUAAGAAAGAGAAUGAGUUCUAUCGAUUGACUAAACGUCACUGGAUCCAAUGUAGGCCAGUUGAGAUGGACGCAUUUGAACAGGAUCGAACACCGGAGAUUUUGGAGAAGUCCGGAUUGGAAAAAUCAGAACAGAAAUCAAAACUAUUGAACAUAAUAAACUCCUCAACAAUGAAGAAGACUCCUGGAGGACUUAUGAUUCAGUUGGGUAAUUCUCGACUUGAACAUAGCUUGAAUGGAGACGUCAGUCUUUCAUGGAUGUAUGGGGAACAGCUCUUUUCCCUCACUGUCUCCCCACUUACCGGGGGUUUGAGUCUGUCUGCCAGAAAUUUGGAGAUCAGUAUUACUGCAAAGAAUGACAUCUACAUUACGUUCGCUGAUUUCUUUGCUUACACAAGUUCUCGCCAAAUGACUGUGAGCACCGGAGCCUUAACUAGCCGAUUAUAUGGAACCAAACAGCAUCCAUGUGUUUUGAAACUUGUAACCAAUAAUCUGGAUGACCGGGAUUUGCCCCAAUACUGUCAGCACGCUAGUCAAACCCAUAAUGUUUCAAACAAACAUCGUGGAAAUGGACGUUUUAAGAAUAGAAAAUAUAAGAAUACUCAUCAGAAGGAAACUCCAACUGUUGCCCAGAGUGACAUCACGGAAACAGAGGAUCUAAAUCCACAAACAAUGUCCGAAAGCAGCUGUGAACAUGACCCACAAUCGUCGGAAAAGUCGUCUUUCUCUCAAACAACGGAAAACAAUCUUUGA